AUGAAAAUAACUAUAGACAAUUAUAUAAUUGUCUAAAAUCAUCAAAUUAAAGCAAAAUAAGCUAAUUCUAAAAUAUAUAUACAAAAGUUCCAAAGUAAGAUAAAAGUUAUUAAAAAAAAGAUUUUAUUUUUUUUUAGAUAUGAAAAAAAAUAUGGUGGUAUUUUUUCGUAAUCUUAUAUUGUUUAUCAUGUUGAAACAGAAUAAUUAAAUUGGAGUGUUUAAAGAAGAUAUAAUGAUUUUUGUUGGCUUAGAGAAACAUUAGAAAAGGCUUAUCCUGCAAUAUGUAUUCCUCCUAUUCCUAAAAAGAAAUCAACAAGAAGUUUUUAACCUUUAUUUUUGAGUAAAAGAAUGGCUUUUAUGGAACAUUUCUUAAAUAAAUUACUUAAGUAACCUGAAUUAAAAUGUUCGAAGUAUUUAGAAGGAUUUUUAGGAAUGACAAGUGAUGACUAAUUUUUAAAACUAAAAAAAGAAGGUGAAAAUUUAUAGAAAAUAUAAAAAGUUUAAAAUAUGGUAACAAUAAACGGAAAAGCCGAAUGUGUCAUUAAUUAAGAAAUAAAUUAAUAUUUAAAAAAAGCUAAUGAAUUUUUUAGUAAUUAAGAUAUUAUUUAUAAAAAAAUAAGAAAAUUAUGUAAAUAAUUAAUUAUUGAUUUUGAUUAAUUAUCAACUACUUUAUUUAGUAUUGGAGACUGUUUUUCUUAAUAAUAUUAAAUUUCUUAUCUUUUUAAUAAUUCGAAUGAAAAUUAAGAACCUCUUUUAGAAGAACUAUAUAUUAAUCUAAACAAUUUGAAUGUAGCUUGGGGUAAUAAUAUAACCAAUCAGAUCAAAUUUGUUUAAGAAAAUUUAUCAAAUUGGUAUAAAUAUUAUAACAAUGAAACAUAAAUAAUAAAAGAUGUAAUAUAAUUAUUAUUUAUUUAAUUAUUAAAAAACUAAUAAGAUAUUAAUCAAAAGAGAUUAUGUAGAGAAAGAAUUUUAAGCUUUCAAACAAAAUCUUAAUUAUAAAAAAGAAAAAUACUUUAAAAUGGGAGAUCCUACUAAAUGGGAUAUUCCCAAUGAUAUUCUAUAUUAAUUUAAUAAAGAUUAUUUAAAAAAAAAGAUUUUAUGUUUUAGUACAUGUUUCCUAAAGAAUAAUAAAUCGAAAAUGAAUUAAGAGAUUAAUUCGGAUUUUACAACAAUUCAGCCUAUAAAGAAAUAAAAAGAUUAAUAUAAGAAAAAAUUUAAGAUUAUUCGAAUCA